AAACUCUUGAGCAGCUGCUCACUUUUGACGCGAGUGCUAUUUUUGCUAUUCAACAAAUGUUUUCAAUUAAAAUGAACGUAAAGCUAAAUUCGAAAAAAUAGGAUUCUAAUGCGACGCAUUUAUACAUCGACGUACGCACACAUAAUGUCGAAAAACAAGGGGAAGGGAAAAGCAGCGGCCACUACAAAUGCGACAGCUGCACCGGCAACAGUCAACACGCCGGUCACACUUGACAAGGGUGGCAACAUUGCCAUAAAAAUACUGGCCAAGCCGGGCGCCAAACAGAAUGGAAUAACCGACAUUGGUCUAGAAGGCGUUGGUGUACAGAUUGCUGCGCCGCCAAGCGAAGGAGAAGCUAAUGCAGAGUUGGUAAAGUUCUUGUCAAAAGUGUUGGGGCUGCGCAAGAGCGAUGUGUCGCUGGACAAAGGUUCCCGUUCCCGCAACAAGAUAAUCCUCAUCAGCAAGGGCGUCUCCACAGUGGAAGCCGUUGAACAGUUGCUUCGAAAAGAAUGCGAUUCCUAGAUGGCCCCCAUCCAGAACCUCCCCUUUUUUUUUUACUCAUUAAAUAAAGUAAAUACAAUUUUUUUGUUGAUUUUCAAACACAUUAUGCUUGUUUAAUUAGUUUGUUUAUCAUCGAUCAUCCAAUCUUAUUACAUAUUCCAUUUAAUAUCUAGUGCGUAUGUAGUCUUUGUAUUUUUGUUUUUCAUUACAUAAAUUACUUGGAUUCUAAAUUAGAAAUUUCUUAAAAACGACAACUGCUCUUAGUGAAUGUAUUGAUCCUAACAUGGUUUUUGAAGUGAGUUAAGCGUAUUUCUGUCGCAUAUAA